AUGGAGAUCGCUUUUGAUUUGUCGACAAUUUUCACCGAUAAUAUCCAAAGACUCGACAAAACCCAACUUCUCAAAUUCGAUCCGCGUCGGUAUUGGGCGGUUUCAAAAAGCAUCGACGUUCUCGGUCAAAUGUCUGCGAAGAGUCAAGGCCUUAAAAGGAUAGUGACCAGUUAUGAGAAAAUUCUCGAUCAAUAUGAAGACCAGAUUGUGUACAUCAUGUGGGAAAACCUUGCACCGUCAUCUAGUCGACUAAUUGGACUGCUGAAGGUCGGCUACAAAAAGCUGUACUUGACCGAUGCCGAGCUCAAUCAGUUUGAAGAAAAGCCGCUGAGCAUACUUGACUUUUAUGUGGCACAGAAUGAGCAGCGAAAAGGCAAUGGCUUCAAAAUGUUUGAUUUCAUGCUCAAGCACGAAAAUGUUCCUGCCGACCAGUGUGCUUAUGAUCGUCCUUCAAAUGCAUUUCAGCAAUUUUUAACAAAUCAUUAUGGAUUGAAGAAUCCAAUAUGGCAGACAACGAAGUUUUUAGUGUUUCCCGAGUUUUUCAACGGUCGCCUUCCAACAGUUGUGAACACCCCAAAGCCGACGGCGAGAAAUUCUCGAGCAAGUUCCGCUGUUUCUAGCAGAGUUUCGAGUAGGAAUGGAUCCCCAAUAAGUAGAAAUCGCCCACGCCAUGAGUCGGUUGCAAAUGCGCUUCGUCACGAUUCCGAUUUUGUUGAGCGUCCCGAAAUUGACCCAAAUACUCCAACCGGCAGAAAGAAUACCCGAGAUUUUGGGCAUACUCCAAUUUGGUAA